ACACACACACAGAACCCGGCCGCGUGCACUCAACUGUACCGGGACAGGCGUCGGUUAACCGGAGCCGCUCUUCGUCGUCUCUCAACAACUUAGCGACGUUUUUAAAGUCCUCGAACCUUCUCUCGAACCGUCAAAAAGUGACGCAAGUUGCGGAAGUUAUGGAAGCGUUUCGGUGAGUUGGUGUUUUUUUUUUUUUUUUUUCCGCGCCGGUGGAGUAAAGCGAGUGGAAAGCGGGACGGGAGAUCAGAUCGGGACACCGUGGAGAGGAGGACUUCCCCCCCCCCCCCCCCCCCGCCGCUCCCCCCGUUCCGAGCAGACCCGUAGCUCGUUUCAAGCACCUGUUCCCUCUCCGAUGCGGCCGCGCUGCGGGGCUCGAGGCGGGGUGUCGGUCCGCCGCAGAUGACGUGGAACAGCGCGAUGAGCAGCGGCUACAGCAGCCUGGAGGAGGACUCGGAGGAGUACUUUUUCACGGCCAGGACCUCGUUCUCCAGGAAGCCCUCCGGAAAGGUCACGGUGCGCAAGGAUGUGGAGAAGGAGCGGGAGCUUCGGACCGAGUUCAGCAGGGAGGAAAUCGGCCAGAGAAUUGACCAGUACAACAUGCUGACUAAAGACCACCUCAAGAUGACUCUGAAUCCCACUGGUGUGUACACUGGUUUCAUCAAAGUCCAGAUGGAUCUGAGGAGGCCGGUGACGGUGCGGGGGGGUCAGAAGGGAGCUGGUGGAGGUCUGGUGGAGGAGGCCUUCUAUCCGCCCAGAGGAGUCACCAACACCCUCCACAUCAGCUCCAAUAACACAGUCAAACAGGUGAUCGUCGCCCUGCUGAACAAGUUCACAGUCGCCGACAACCCGGCUAAAUACGCCUUGUACAAACGCUAUCGCAGAGAGGAGCAGGUGUAUGUGUGUAAGCUGGCGGAUGUCGAGCAGCCGCUGUUCCUCCGUCUGGUGGCGGGACCCGAUGGAGACACGCUCAGCUUCGUCCUGAGGGAGCAGCAUGGCGAAGUCAUGUGGGACGCCUUCUCCAUCCCCGAGCUGUGCAACUUCCUGCGGAUCCUCGACAAGGAGGAGGCGGAGCAACGGGAGGCGGUGGACCGGCGCUACAAGGCGUAUCGCCUCAAGCUGCAGGAGGCGCUGAGCGAGGUCACAGGAGCCUCUUAGGGGAGGAGCCUCUUGGGGGAGGAGCCUCUGUCAAACAGGACCAUCUCCUCAGAGGAGAAGACGUGUACAUUUUUGACGGAGUGAGGAUGCGGCGCUCGGAGGGAAGAGGGAGGAAGUGAAGGGACGAUAAACUGACGAAACCAAAGGUUCACUUCACUGUGCCAUACCUCCUCUUCCUCUUCUCCUCCUCCUCCUCCUCCCGCACUCUGUUCUGCCUCCUCCUCCCGCACUCUGUUCUGCUGUCACAUAGUUUAUGGGAUUCCUUUUAAGGACUCAAGGCCAUAUGUUGAGUCAGAGGUUUAUUUAAUUUUUCUGUUUUAAAGGUCUGUACAUAUUUUUUUUUCUUAUUUAUAUGGUUGAAGCUUUUUAUUUUUUGUUGAAAAAGACAAAAAAAUAAGUCUUAUUUUUAGUUUUUUUUGUACAGAGGCAAAGUCGACACAAAGAAAAGUUUAUCUACUGGAGGAAAAAACACAACAUGAGCAUCAUAAGCUGAAGCUGAAGCAUCGUGAACGUGGAGAGAAACAUUUAGAGAAAACACUGGAAGUCUCCAUUUGGGGAUUUUUCUGUUUUUAGAGUCUGGAGUGUGCCGUAGGAAUAAGGCUUAUUCACAUUUUAACACAAAGAGGGAAAAAUCAAACAAUAUAAUGACAGAUGGGGUCAAAUAAAACAUGUUUCAUUAAUCGACUUAAUUGAGUAACUAUUACAAAAUACUAUAGACUUUUUCCUUUAGUGAACCCUGAACUCUUAUUUUAUUCUUCUCUAAUUAACCAGUUUGUUAAGUUGAAAGCAAUGAAAAUGGACCAAUCCUCAUUUCCUUCAUGAGAUGGAACAUUUCAGCGAUUAGCUGCUCUCUUAGCGGCACACUUCAGACUCCAUAAAAGAACUAAAAGAACUUAUGAGCUCGGGAGGACGUUCAGUCUGGUUCGGCGAAUCCAGUGGAGGCGGCGCGCUCCGGAUAGACGUGACCCCUGACCUCUGACCCCGGGGGGCCGGAGGAAGGAAAACUCGACGGGUUUCUGGAAGGUGACGGAGAGGAAGUGGAAGAGGAAGCGUUAGACGGAGGAAGCAGGGGAGAGACUGUGGGAUCCAGUAAUCCACAGCAGGUCUGAAAGGGGAAACGUUGAAGAGGGAACGAGGAAAGGGAGAGAGGAAGGAAGGAAAGGGAGAGAGGAAGGAAGGAAAGGACACUACGCACAUGAGAGCUGUGCAGAAGAAGGCACCAAAAAAAAGAGGUUUUGAAAAGUUGUUCACUGCCUUAAAUAUAUCUGCAAUGUGGUCUUUAGUGAGUUCAGCUUAUCGUUUAUGGCUUUGAGACCAAAGAGGCUCGUUUUUUUAAUUUUGUUUUGUAGAAAUUUUAGUAUUUUUUUUCUUUCUGAAUCAGCAGAAAUAAACAUUUUUGAGAAAACGAAGACAAUCACUUCGCAAAACUACAAAUCAGGUUUGCAAAAUUGAUCAAAAGUCCUGAAAUAAAAGCUGUAAAGUGCUUUAUUGUGUGCAGGUACUGAAUGAAGUACAACAGCGCCGCCUGGUGGACACAAGCCGCAGCUACAUAACGUGUUAUACGUGUUAUUUCCUUAUAACCAAAAGAUAUUUUUGUGGUGUUGCCUGGAGCCGAACUUAUAUUAGAGGCCUUUUCUCAGUGGAGGGGGAAACCAUGUAGAGUUUUAUUUGAAGGGGUUUUUAACCCGUCUUUCUUCUUGUAUCAAACACUGGUUUAAUGCUGUGGAAGCGAACAUUAAAUGGUCAAAUGGAUUUAAGUCUUUCAGGCAGCUGAAUGUAACUGUUGAUGUUAAAUUUAAUACGUUCACUCAGUUCUACCCAUUGUGAGGAAAUAUACUUGUAAAUAUAAUAUUGUAUAAUUAUGUGACUGGAGGUCGCAUUUGGGGUCAAAUUGAAGACAUAGUUGCAUUAUGGGAAAUGUAGGACCCAGUGGAGCUUUACCUGUUAACUCUAUGGAAGUCCCCAAUAUUUUAAAAAUCUACUGAAUUACAUCCACAUUUCUUGUGGAGUGAAUUCCCUCCUGUUUUUUUCCCCAGUAAUUCAUUUCUGAAAGAACUUUAUAUGAAUUUCAGGGUGUACGAAAAACUAAAUGAUGUUUAAAACUUCAAAUUUGUGUUGCCAAUAAUGAAUAAAACUUUAAUCAAACUACUGAAUAUUUCAAAUAAUUGACAUGAAUUAGAUAUUAAGUCCCUUGGAAAACUCAAAAAAAAAUUGCUUCCCUAUAAUUUAAAAAUGUUACGAAAGUCCGCUUUGAAACAUUUAAAUCACCUUAAAGCCAUGAUGUUGUUGUUGUUUAUCUGAUAAACAACCUUAGCUGUUAAAUCCAGACGUAUCGAUUAUUUUUGGGCACUUUAGCUUUAUCUUUGAAUUCAGGGAAGACCACCAUCAGACUCCUUCUGAACAUCUAACUCGCUAUAAUGUCAUUUUGAAACUACUUUGCGCUGAUUGGUGUCAUUUUGUGCGUAUUUGUGUGUUUCACCACAACGAUUCUGUCCCUCAGACACACGUCUAAAGGCUUGUGGAGGCCAUGAAAUUUGACUGAAAGCUCUGAGAAAGAAUAUAUUCGGUUCUCCUUGAAAUUCAGAUUUGUCUCCAACUCAAACAAAGUGAUGAGGAAUUAAUUAUUGAACCGGGCCGAUAAAUAUUGACAAAGCCAGCAGCUUUAAAGUCAUUAAGGACAUUUCGAAAGGCAGAAAUCUGCUGGUUUCAGCCAAUCAGAUUUCAGUAUUUAUGUUUCCAUGGUGUUUCAUAUAAAGGAAUCCUGGAGGUGAACUUACUUAUUUUUCUCCAGAGCUUUCAGUAGACUUUGAUGCUAUUUGAUCACAUGACACGAUCUCCACCAGGUAGAAAAUCUACCUGUGGUCAUGUGACGUUUUGAUACGAUUGAAAUCUCCAGAAAAGUCACAAAGGGGACUUUUUACGUCCUGUACGAUAAAUGCCAAACAUCUGUGUGUCUCUCCUCCCGUUUACUGCUUUGUUCCAAAUAUGCUGUUUUUUUGUUAAGCUUUUAUAGAGGAGAUUAAACAUCUGAGCUGUUUGUGUUACUUUCUAAUUUAUCGUCACUUUUAGAAUCAAAGAAAACGACGAAAAGGUUGAAAUCCACGGGAGGCACAUUUUGUGGUGUAGUUGAACUUUGACCUUUGAGCCCCGACGCCAGCGGUGCCUUUUCAGAGGUUUGACAUGUUUCAUUUGGCAGGUUUUUAUUUCUCCCUGAAUGGUUUCCAGAAUGCGGCCUUUGAGCCACGUGAGGCGGCGUCUAUUAAAGGUGGAAUUAAAACAAAAUAA